AUGUGAUCAGCUGUGUCCAAUCACAGCUGAUCACAUAGCACUGAUGAUCAGUGUGCUCUGAUGAUCAGUGUAGCCCCAGCAUUGCCACCUGUCAGUGCACAUCAAUGCCACAUAGCAGUGCCCAUCUGAGCUGCCAGUCAGUGCCACCUAUCAGUGCUGCCAGUCAGUGCCUCCUAUCAGUGCGCGUCAUUAGUGCCAGUCAGUGCCACUUAUCAGUGCCAUAUAUGAGUGCUGCCUUUCAGUGCCCUUCAGUGAUGCCUGAAAUACCCAUCAGUGCCACCUACUAGUGCCCCCUCAUCAGUGCCUCCUCAUCAGUGCGCAUCA